UUUCAGCGUAAACAUUACUGUACUGAUUACUCAUCCUUUUGUUUACCAUUCAUAAAGGGCUACAAUAUCAUAACGGUAACUCGUAGGUUUAGCGUACAGUCCACUUUAACCGGUGACGGCCCCUUUAAGGGUUAUGUAGAGAGACGGGCUGAUGUAGGACCACACCUCCGUGUGCGCUAUGCUCUCUCGCGCUGCCAUCCCAUCCUCAUCAUGGCCUCCAAAAAUCCGCGGCUGCGUCCGAGAACGAGCACGAGUAGACUAGCCGUUGGCCCUUUCCUUCCCCGCGCGGAAAUGAACAACGUCAAGCCGAAACAGAGGCACCGGUAGAGGGGUGCGCGCCGGGGAUAAAGCCUCCGAGCUCAUGCCACCCCGGUCUCCUCGAUGUCUUCGUCAAAAGCCACGUACAGCCAUUUGACAAAGAGGGGUGCGAACCCCGGCCGCGACAGAAACAUGAACAGGGAUUUUUCUGUCAAUUUAUCAGUGCAGCAAGUGCUGAGCCUCUGGGUGCAAGGCACGACGCUGCAACAUUUCACAGAGAUGUGGUACUGGGUGUUCCUGUGGUGUCUGUUCUCCUCUCUCUUGGUCCACGGGGCGAUGGGCCUGCUCAUGUUGGUCAUGUUGCAGCGCCACAAGAGGGGUCGCCUCAUCACCUUGGUCCUGGUCAGUCUGGGUUUCCUGGCCUCCCUGGCUGGAGGGGUCAUCACCAGUGCAGCGGUGGCGGGGGUGUACAGGGUGGCAGGGAAGGACAUGGCCCCUCUCCAGGCCCUGGUGUUUGGAGUGGGCCAGACCACCCUCUCUGUCCUCAUCUCCUUCUCACGCAUACUGGCCACUCUCUGAAGAGAUGACCCUUCCACACAGACGGACAGAGACUCACUGACGGAUGGAUAGAUAGACACACACACACACACACAGGAGAGGAGGGAGAGACUGGGCACGUGUGGGAGACCAUGGUUCACAUCCUACCAGUUUCACUCGCCAGCGACAGAUAACAACACAGCCAAUGGGUGAACUGUGGGGUUUUCUUUAUGUUGUAUUUGGAGGAAAACAAACCCAGUAAAUUAGCUGAAGACAGUGGUCUCCCAGCAGUUCCAGACAUUUAGGGUGGGAUGCUGAAGAGAUAGUACCCCCCCAGUGGCUGUGUUCUGCCACUGCUGCCCUCACUAGUUCUCCCUCUGCUGCAGUACGACAUGGGACGUCAAUGCAGGUCUCAGUUCUCUGUGUCAAAGAAGCACUUCAUAAGGCUCCCCACCAGGUGGCGAUGUCCGCAGCCUCCGUCAAGUGUCAAGUCAGUGAAACCACAUCCUGGACUGAAAGCAAUGUCUUGGGUGUUUUCAGAAUUGUCAGUUCUAUGUGCCAAUGGCCUCUGGGACUUACCUCCAGUGUUGCCAAGAGAGAUGCAUUCAUGGCCGUCUCCACAGACUCUCCUUUCCUGUUUUCUGAUGCCCUUGUGGUGGGAUAACCCCCCACAUUUUUUACAGUAAAGAAAAAGGACAACAUUUGGCCAGAACAGAGAUGGACCUUUUGAAGACCGUUCGUCAUUCUGACAUGCCAGAGAGGAUGUCAACCAAACUACCUUUCAGUGUUAAACAAAACAACUGGUUCUUCUGACUGUGGACAUCUUUCGAACUAUUCCUUCUUGUAAAGUCCUUCACCUACCGCAGCAGUGUUUCUGUUGGCAACACACUCCUACAUGUUUCUUAUUUAGGGUAAAGAAAGAAAAUGACAAAUGGCUUAAGCCUUUGUACUUUCUAAAUGUUGGCGAUCCCCCUUGUUUACCUAAAAGGUGUCGGAAUAGGGGAAGUUGUUCAGGUGCCGUAGUUCAAGGUUACUAUGGAGAUAGAACCACUAUCCCUGUUUGACCUUUGUCAAUUCAUGUCUAGACCCGUCCAGGUUGUCCAACAUACUCUGAGGCAAUAGCAACUCUGGCCAUGAAGCUUGGCUGGAGAGGGUCAGAGUUGGCGAAUCUUUCACUACCUGGUUCUUACAGAGUUUUAUGGAGGUAAACUAAUGUCUUAACUGAAGUUAAGGGAUGCAAUGUCCUGGUAGUAGCUGUAUGGCUGCUUGAGAAUAGUUGAGAUAGAGUAUCUCUUGGAAGGGUUUCUGUCUCUGUGUUGUGGUGCAGAUUUACUGUUAAAGGCACAGUGCAGUCAAAAAUAUCAUUUCCCUGUGUUUUAUAUAUAUUUCCACACUAUGAGGUUGGCAUAAUGCUGUGAACUUGUGAGAAUUAUGAUAAUGCCCUUUUCGUGUAAGAGCUGUUUGAAAAGGCCACCUGAAAUGUCAGCCUGUUUUGGUGGGAUGGAGUUUUGGCCUGCCUGGUGACAUCACCAGAUGGUAAAUUAGCUAAUAGACCAAUAAGAAAGAGAGUUCCAAACCUCUCUGUCAAUAACAGCUAGCUUUCAGUUUUCCCCUCUCUACUUCAGACAGUCCUAGCUAAAUUUGAGACCGUUUUGAUUGAAAUCAAUAUUUAAUUGUUACCCAGAAAGGAUUUAAUAUUGAGAUAAAAAUGUCUGCAUUGUACCUUUUUUAAGGUUUAGAAAUUGGAAUCUAGCCGCUACUUGGCGAUUAAAGAUACAAAUGUCUGGACUCCUAUAAAUCCCACUCCAUAGAGAGACAUUUCUAUAGAAGGUCAGAGACUCAAGUUGCGUCCCAAACCGCACCCUAUAUAGUGCACUACUUUUGACCAGAGCCCUAUUACCUAUAUAGUGCACUACUUUUGACCAGAGCCCUUAUGGUCAGUCAGACAGAUUCUGCUGCUGAGACGGCCAUUUUCUAUGGCUCCCUGCCUCUCUGUUAGGUCUUACCAAGCCAGUGUGUAUUGUUAAUGUGUUCUGUUUAACUAAGUUUGACUUGUUUAUGUGUUCUGUUUAACUAACUUGUUAUGUGUUCUGUUUAGCUAAGUUUGACUUGUUAUGUGUUCUGUUUAGCUAAGUUUGACUUGUUUAUGUGUUCUGUUUAACUAACUUGUUAUGUGUUCUGUUUAACUAAGAUUGACUUGUUUAUGUUCUGUUUAACUAACUUGUUUGUGUUCUGUUUAACUAACUUGUUUGUGUUCUGUUUAACUAACUUGUUUAUGUUCUGUUUAACUAACUUGUUUAUGUGUUCUGUUUAACUUUGACUUUGCGUAUUUCACUGACAAGGUAUCUGCCUUAAUUUUGCACAGUGUUGAUAUCUGAUGAUACUGGUCUUAGGUGGGUGACCCAUAGACCCAUGUAGGAUGUUAUAUGUCAUUCUAUGGGGUGACCCAUAGACCCAUGUAGGAUGUUAUAUGUAAUUCUAUGGGGUGACCCAUAGACCCAUGUAGGAUGUUAUAUGUCAUUCUAUGGGGUGACCCAUAGACCCAUGUAGGAUGUUAUAUGUCAUUCUAUGGGGUGACCCAUAGACCCAUGUAGGAUGUUAUAUGUAAUUCUAUGGGGUGACCCAUAGACCCAUGUAGGAUGUUAUAUGUAAUUCUAUGGGGUGACCCAUAGACCCAUGUAGGAUGUUAUAUGUAAUUCUAUGGGGUGACCCAUAGACCCAUGUAGGAUGUUAUAUGUAAUUCUAUGGGGUGACCCAUAGACCCAUGUAGGAUGUUAUAUGUAAUUCUAUGGGGUGACCCAUAGACCCAUGUAGGAUGUUAUAUGUAAUUCUAUGGGGUGACCCAUAGACCCAUGUAGGAUGUUAUAUGUAAUUCUAUGGGGUGACCCAUAGACCCAUGUAGGAUGUUAUAUGUAAUUCUAUGGGGUGACCCAUAGACCCAUGUAGGAUGUUAUAUGUAAUUCUAUGGGGUGACCCAUCAAAACCAGUAUUCCCUGGUACAUAUUCCCUGUGGGCCCUGGUCUAAAGUAGUGCACUAUAUAGGGAAUAGGGCCCUGGUCUAAAGUAGUCCACUAUAUAGGGAAUAGGGUGCCAUUUGGGACACCGGUCCGGUUUGAGAAGCGCUGCUGUGGUUUUGGAGGUGUUACUGAGUGAGACUGAGAGACUGCAGCACCAGUGUUGUUGUUCGUUUGGCUCUGUGGGACUUAAUCAUGAGUCAUGUGUUUAUGUCUGACUGUCCACCCUCUGGGACAGUUCAAGUGUAUUUCAACAACAGGACAGGUCUUACUGUCACCACAUUAGACCACACAGAGUUAUUGUUUCCGUCCCAAGUGGCACCAUAUUUCCUAUAUAGUGCACUACUUUAGACCAGGGCCCUAUUCCCUAUAUAGUGCACUACUUUUCACCAGAGCCCAAUGGGUCCUGGUCAAAAGUAUUUGACUAUAUAGUGAAUAGCAGGUGUAGUUUAGUUAUUUCCUCCUGGUAUUGGAGGGUUACAGGGUCUACUGUUUUUACCUUUUAGUCAGAGAGCUGAUAACAUAUCAUCCUCACCAGUCACUUUCAUUGGUCAGUAAAUUACAUUAGACCAAUAAAAGGGUCCUCUGCCGCAUAUUAACUAGGGGUGAAUACCGCACCAGACCCUCGGUGGAGUCUAAGGGUUCUUUUUUUAUGCCAAAGGACUUUGUUCUCACAUUUUAACUUUAUUUAUUAUGGAUUUCUUACUUUUUUUGUUAUUAUUAUUGCUGAGAAAGUAUGUAUUGUUUUAAUAUCAGAACCAUUAUUUUUGCACAAUGGCAUGAGCUGAACAACCGGAUUUUAAAAUCCCCCAAACCCCUUUGCUUCAUUUUGGCCAAAUAUGAAUGUCCAGUGUGACCUGAUUGAGUGAUCUGAGAGUGUUUACCAAUGAAAGCUAUUUCAGUUUUUUUCAUUAGUUAUGUAAUUGACACCACUCACCUUCAGUACCAAGUCAUUCCACCAGAUGGCACCAGUGUAGUGCAUUUUAUGAGUGACAGUAGCAGCCAGUGUAAGUGGGGGAAAUGGAUUGAGAGAGAGAUGAUUGUGGAUUUUGUAUUGAAGAGAUACCUGAUGACAUUUUUUGUACUUGAAUUUUUAUUAUAUUCUUAAAUUAAUUCCUGAGGCUUCCAGACGGUCUGGAAACUUUUCUGUUUGACAAAUCUAAUGUAUAACUAUCAAAUCAAACUUUAUUUGCCAAAUCAAACUUUAUUUGCCACGCGCUGACUACAACAAGUGUAGACUUUACCGUGAAAUGCUUACUUACAAGCCCUUAACCAACAGUUCAAGAAGAAGAAAAUAUUUACCAAGUAGACUAAAAUAAAAAGUAAUAAUAAAAAGUAACACAAUAAGAAUAACGACGUGGCUAUACACAGGGGACACCGGUACCG